AUGUUAGACAGAAUAAAACAUAACUUUCCACAUUUAAAUCCCACUGAUAGUGUACCAUUAUUUUAUAAUAAAUUAAUGAAUAUAGUAGAAAUAUUUGUGGGUAAAGAUUGCAUCGAUCAAAUGUUACAACGUUUAGGAAAAAUAGAUCAAAAAAGAUUAACAUUAAUUUCUCACAACGAAGUUUUAACAUCGGUCGAUAUUCAAGAAAUAGUUAAAGCCGGCGGACGAAUUAUUAAAAUAUUAGAUGGUAUAGUAUACGAAGAAAAUUUUAUUACUCCACCCUAUAGAGAUUAUAUUUUAAUUUUGAGAGAUCUAAGAAAUAAAUAUAAACGAGAAGAUGGAUUUUAUAAAAAAACGGAAAUAUACUAUACAGAUACUGAUAGUUUAUACAUUUCGUCUAGCAAUUGGGAUAAAUUAAAUGAAGCUGGGUUGGUGUCCGAAAAUGAUUAUUGUAAAGGAAAGAAUGAUUACGGUGAUGGUGGAAUUAUAUAUGGUUUAUAUUUAGCGCCAAAAGUUAAAUACAAUAUCAUUCUGACUUCCGACGGUAUUCUAAAAGAAAAGAAAACGUUUAAGGGUUACUCUAAUGAUAAGAUAGCUGUAGAAGAUUAUAUUCGAUUAGAUAGUGGACAGGAUGUGACGAAUGAAUUUAAGAAACCAUGGGAAAAAAGUUUCCCCAAUGGAGUAGUUAUUCCAAAGGACGAUGAUAAACAAAAGAAAGUUUUUAGAAGUUAUCUGAAUCUCGUUAAGAGAAAAGCACCGGACGAUGAAGGAAUCAUGUAUCCUUAG